AUGGAGAGUAGUAAUCCAAAUGAAGAUGAUUCCAACAAAGAGAAUACGAACAUACAAGUAAAACUUGCAGAAAUCGAAUUGAAACAAACAAACAAGGAUAUACAAUUAAAACAAACAGAAUUACGUAUUAUACAAGAAGAAAUUGAAAAAAUGAAAUUACAAUUACAACUUAACGAACAAGAAAUUGAAAAAGAAAAAAGAAAAUUACAAUUACAACUGAACGAACAAGAAAUUGAAAAAGGAAAAAUACAAUUACAACUUAACGAACAAGAAAUUGAAAAAAUAAAAUUACAACUUAACGAACAAGAAAUUGAAAAAGAAAAAAUAAAAUUACAAGUUGAACUAGAACGAAAUAAACGACUAGAAAAUGCAACACGAUUAACAGAAAACAAAGAUUUAGACUUCAAAGUACUACAAGUUGUACAAGGUACAGGACAAGGAAGAAGAAGACCACGAUCUGUUAGCACAAAAUCGACAACAAAGAGAAGAAAAACAGACAAUAAAGGAUUUUCAUCAUCUACUAAUCAAAGUACAACUUCGAUAAACAGUCAAUCUGCAACUACAAGUUUGACAAACAGUCAAUCUACAUCUACAAUUUCGACGUGUAAUCAAUCUACAGCUACAUCUGCUCAGUCAAGGCGUUCGUCAAGUGAAUACGAACUAUGUGAUAUUAAAGAUAAUGGUGAUUAUUAUUGGAAGAAAAUGUAUAAAAAUUUGCAUACAUUCAAGAUUGAGUCAUUAUUAACUGAUGAUGUUUGUUUAUUAAAUAAUGAUUCUUAUAAUGAUAAUAUUGAAGAAUGUAUUAAAAUUUAUUUACAAGAUAUAAAACAAUGUAUUAUAAAUCGUUAUGAAAAUUUUGUAUCAUUUGAUCAAAUGUCAGAAAACAUAUUACAACAAGCAGUUAAUAAUUUAAUGUCUGAGUUAUUGAAAAAAUUCAACAAUUUAACAUCAUUGCAAUAUUUAAAUACAUCUAAAAAAAACUAUUUAGGUGGUAAUAGUCCUGAUUGCAGUUUUAUAUACAAAAAUGUUUCAAUUCAUGAUAAAAGUAUUACAAAAGUCUUAGUUCAUUUUCUUGUUUGCUUUGGUGAAUUGAAAUUACCAAUAAUGGGUGAUAUUCAUGUAGCAAUGAUUGGACAAAUUGGAAGAUAUUUUGAGAAUCUAAACAUUAUGCAAGGUUGCAGAAGAUGUUAUGCUUUUUUAUAUGAUUUUCAUACAAUAACAUUUUUUUAUUGUGAUAAAAUAUCGGAUAAAGACGAUUUGCAAUAUUAUCAAAGUGAAACAUUACAAUUGAUUGAAUUUGAACAUAAAGAACGAUCAAAUUUAGAUGCAAUUACAAUGGAUGAAGUAUCAAAAGAAAUUAUUUAUUUUAAUAAAGAAAAUUGGAAAAUAUUUAUUAAAUUUUUAACAAUGAAAUGGCAAUUUUACCAAUGUAAUAUUUUAAAUAUAAGUCCAGAUGAUGAUUUAUUUGGUCAAGAUUAUGAAAUAAAAGAAAGAUUAGGUAGCGGUGCAACUUCAAUUGUUUACUUGUUAAAAGUGAAAGAAGAAAAAAAGGAAAAUAUAAAUUUAUUAAAUUAUGUAAUGAAAAUUUCACGAACAGGAACAUAUUCAACUAAUUUUAAACAUGAAAAGGAAAUAAUUGAGGAAUUGAAAAUGAUAGAAGAAACUGGUGGCUCACCUGUUUUUCCAAAUAUUGUACCGACAUUAAGUACAGGUAAGAUGUUUUUAACAAUAUAA